AUGGCAGUCACUACGCGAUCUCAGGCUCAACGACAACCCGAACAUGCGGGGGCAAGAGCUACGGAAUUACGAAUUACGACAUCUAUUCCUGUAUCAUCCAUGAGUCAGGACACAAGGGUAAUCGUAGUUGAAGACACUAACCAGGAAACUGACGAGCACGAUGAGCACGAUGAGCACGAUGAGCACGAUGAGCACGAUGAGCACGAUGAGCACGAUGAGCACGAUGAGCACGAUGAGCACGAUGAGCACGAUGAGCACGAUGAGCACGACGAGCACGACGAGCACGACGAGCACGAUUCGAGCGACCCGGACAACUCUGACGAUGAAGUAAAGAGUGAAAUGGAUCGACGAAUGAUCACAAGCCACUACACUGGUCUCAAAUACGACGUCUCAGAUCUCAGUAGUGAAGGAUACACACGAAUAGCCCAGGCGUUAAACCCAAGCCCGCGGCCUGACCAGACUUACAUGUCGUACUGCGAGCAGGUCCAACUUCAUGAUGGAGGGGGUAAUAGGCUUGGGUUUCAUAUCAAUGAUGCGAAUGUUGUUGUCAUCGGUGAGCCUGGAUCAGUCUCCGAAAUUCCUCGCUGUACCUGCGGUAUGGCAAAUGCAGGCGAAGCAUGCAGGCACAUCUUCUGGCUCGAGGACCAACUGCUUGCAGCUUGUGGCGCACCAACGCACACUGCUCUCAAACUCGACUCGGAAGGCUUGCGGAUCUGGGCGGCCACCCUAGCUAAGAUAUUGAAGAGCAGACAGAAAAGCCUCGACGACGUUGUGAAAGACAGGCAGUGGGCACUGAAAGACAAGCCUAGUAGAGCGGACAUCGAGGACAUGAUUGCAGUCUUCGAGCCGCCUGAGUCCCCGUCUCCAUCUCGACAGAACUAUAUCAAAAAGUUUAAGGAGUUUGGGAACAUGGUGAUUGAUCAUUAUGAAAAAGACCACACCCUCGGGAUCAGACUCCAACGUAUUAUCGAUCCUGCUUUUCAAGCUGACGCUUUCUUCGACAGAAUGUAUGCUAGGGCCUAUCAAACUCUUGCGAAGCUUGAUCGACAUGUUGAGAGCGGUGCUACUGGCGAUGACUUCGAAGCGGAUCCUAUACAGUCUGCGUUGGCACUCGACAGUAUCGUCAAGGAUAUAGAUAAACGUCUAAUAGCGUGUGUCGACGGACAGGCUAUGGUCCAGCCCGCUGUCAAUGGGAUCGGGACCCUGAUUCGCAUCCUCGACGACAUUGCUCACCGCAACCGGAAUGCUUAUGCGGAAAGCGCGGUACAUACAAUCCGCCAAGCGAGUCCAAACGCUAAGAACAACCUAUACCAAAUUUUAAUAGGUACGUCUGAUGGAGGCCAGCCGCAGCGUAGUGAACUCUUCAUCGUCGAUGUGAUUUGGAGACAAGCAUACCCGCGGCCAGAGCUUCUGCGGGACCAUGUGGAGAGUCUCGAACGUGUCACAUUGACGAUUCGUCGGAACGGAGCUCCAGCCGCAUUCAUUGGUAGACUCGAGGACCUGAAAUCACGUAGAAGGGGUGCGCCAGAGCCAGCUGGAGGAAGUUUGAAGCGAAAAAAAUAUAUAAGUCAAGUGUGA